AUGCAAAUGGGGAUGGAGAUGGAGAUGGAGAUGGGCACAGAUGCAGCUACAGGUAGAGAUGCAGAUGGAGACGGGGCUGGUGAUACAGGUGCGGAUAUGCCCGCCAAUACAGUAACCAAUGGAGGCCGGUCGAUGGAGGCCCGGGGCACAGAGGAGGAGCUGGUUCUGUUCAAGCUCCACCUCCAGCCUCGGGCCGCACAGGCUCCAGCCCUGGUCAUCUCACUGCCCUCCGGGUCGUCGGACUUUGGGACGUCCUACACCAAGCUCACCCUCCAGCCUGGCUUCACCACCGUCAUUGACAGCUUCUACAUUUGCCCGACCAAUAAGAGGAAGAUCAUCCUCGUGAGCUCGUCCAUCGGCGACCGGGACGACAGCCUGUUCCUCAGCACGGACGAGGGCACCACCUUCCAGAAGCAGCUCAUCCCCUUCUCUGUGGAGACGCUGAUCUUCCACCCCAGGGAGGAGGACAAGCUACUGGCUUACAGCAAGGAGGGCAAGCUCUAUGUGUCAUCUGACCUGGGGAAGAAGUGGACGCUUCUGCAGGAGCGAGUGACCAAAGACCACGUGUUCUGGGCCGUGUCUGGGGUGGACGCUGAUACUGACCUGGUCCACAUGGAAGUCCAGGACCUUGGAGGAGGCUUCCGCUACAUCACCUGCCGGAUCCACAACUGCUCCGACCAGACGCUGACGGCUCCGUUCGCAGGCCCCAUCGACCACAGCUCUCUAACCAUGCAGGAUGAUUACAUCUUCUUUAAGGCCACCUCAGCCAACCAGACCAAGUACUACGUCUCUUAUCGUCGCAAUGAAUUUGUCCUGAUGAAGCUGCCGAAGUAUGCGCUGCCCAAGACGUCGACCUACAGCCGGCCCAGCCUGGGCCUGGCCUCUCACGGUCACCUCCUCUGUUCCUGUCCACACCAGAACCAGGGAGCGGGUGGUCCCAUAGCCCAUUUGCAGGUCCGAGGGGUGAAGGGAGUCUUCCUGGCGAACCAGAAAGUCGAUGGGAAGGUGGUGACCCUUAUAACCUACAACAAGGGCCGCGACUGGGAUUACCUGAGGCCGCCCAGCGUGGACAUGAAUGGGAAACCCACCAACUGUAAGCCUCCGGACUGCCACCUCCACCUCCACCUGCGCUGGGCAGACAACCCCUACGUGUCGGGCACUGUGCACACCAAGGAUACCGCCCCAGGCCUCAUCAUGGGCGCAGGUAACCUGGGCUCCCAGCUGGUGGAAUAUAAGGAAGAAAUGUACAUCACGUCAGACUGUGGGCACACCUGGCGGCAGGUCUUCGAGGAGGAGCACCACAUCCUCUACCUGGACCACGGUGGUGUGAUCGUGGCCAUCAAGGACACCUCCAUCCCCUUGAAGAUCCUCAAGUUCAGCGUGGAUGAGGGUCUUACCUGGAACACACACAACUUCACCAGCACCUCCGUGUUUGUGGACGGGCUGCUGAGCGAGCCGGGGGAGGAGACGCUGGUCAUGACCAUCUUCGGCCACAUCAGCUUCCGCUCCGACUGGGAGCUGGUCAAGGUGGACUUCCGGCCGUCGUUCACCAGGCCGUGCAGCGAGCAGGACUACAGCUCCUGGGACCUCACCAACCUGCAGGGCGAGCGCUGCCUCCUGGGCCAGCAGAGGAGCUUCCGGAGGCGCAAGGCCGCGUCCUCGUGCGUCAAGGGGCGGAGCUUCACGUCGGCGCUCGCGGCCCGCGUGUGCGAGUGCCGCCACGCCGACUUUCUCUGUGACUACGGGUUUGAACGGUCCUCCUCCUCCUCUGACGCCGACAAGUGUUUUGCCAACUUCUGGUUUAACCCGCAGUCUCCCCCCGACGACUGUGUCCUGGGCCAGACGUACACCAGCAGCCUCGGGUACCGGAAGGUGGUGUCCAACGUGUGCAAGGGCGGCGUGGACCUGCGGCAGAGCCCGGCACAGCUGCAGUGCCCCCUGACACCGCCCCGGGGCCUGCAGGUCAGCAUCCUGGGCGAGGCGGUGGCCGUGCGGCCCGGUGAGGACGUCCUGUUCGUGGUGCGACAGGAGCAGGGCGAUGUCCUGACCACCAAGUACCAGGUGGACCUCGGGGACGGCUUCAAGGCCAUGUACAUGAACCUCACGUUGACCGGCGCGCCCAUACGGCACCGCUAUGAGAACCCUGGCGUCUACCGUGUGUCUGUCCAGGCGGAGAACAUGGCAGGCCAUGACGAGGCGGUGCUCUUUGUCCAGGUCAACUCCCCCCUGCAGGCCCUGUACCUUGAAGUGGCCCCUGUCAUUGGCAUCGACCAGGAGGCGAACCUCACAGCUGUGCUGCUGCCCUUGAACCCCAACCUCACUGUCUUCUAUUGGUGGAUUGGCCACAGCCUGCAGCCUUUGCUGUCCCUGGAUAACUCUGUGACAACGCGGUUUGUGGACACGGGGGACGUGCGUGUGACAGUGCAGGCCGCCUGCGGGAACUCAGUGCUGCAGGACUCCAAGGUCAUCCGCGUGCUGGAUGAGUUUCAGGUUGUGCCUCUGCAGUUUUCCAAGGAGCUGGAUGCACACAACCCCAACACCCCGGAGUGGAGAGAGGACGUCGGCCUGGUGGUGACCCGGCUGCUCGCCAAGGAGACCAGCGUCCCUGAGGAGCUGCUGGUGACUGUGGUCAAGCCGGGGCUGCCCACCUUGGCCGACCUGCAUGUGCUGCUGCCCCCGUCUCAGCCCACAAGGAAGAGAAGCCUCACGAGUGACAAGAGACUCGCGGCCAUCCAGCAAGUGCUGAGCGCACAGAAGAUCAGCUUCCUCCUGCGGGGCGGGGUCCGGGUCCUGGUGUCCGUGAGGGAUGUGGACUCAGAUUCUCAGAGGCUGGGAGGGAACAGCAGCUACUGGGUGGUGGCCGUCCUCUUCGUCAUCGGACUGUUCGUGGUGGCAGCCUUCAUCCUCUACAAGUUCAAAAGGAAGCGGCCCGGCAGGACCGUGUACGCCCAGAUGUACAACGAGAAGGAGCAGGAAAUGACGAGCCCCGUCGGCCACAGCCAGGGCGUCCAGAGCGCCAUCCAGGGGAACCACUCCGGCGUGGUCCUGAGCAUCAACUCCCGGGAAAUGCACAGCUACCUGGUGAGCUGAUGCCCGUGGAGGCCCCAGCCCAGGACAGUCUCCUCUGUCGCUUCGUCCCCGUGGAGGGCACAGAACCACAGACGUGGCCGGCACUGGUGCUGAGACUGGCAUCCUCUCAGAGACCUACGGAAAAGCCACCUCCAGCUGACCCCACGCGAGGCAACAGAUGCGCCCCCGUCCACUUCCAGCCCACAGGACACAUGGGGGACCAGCUGACCCCUGCCCUCCCCAGACGCCAGGCCCUCGGCACCACCCACGGCCCCCACCCUGACCGGGCACUCCCCUGCCCCUGGGCAGCUGGCCUGGCUGCCCCACACGCCACGGCCCAGCCCAGGGCCUGACCUCUGGCGGCCAGUGCUGGUCCCCCUGGGACAGAGAGCCGAGCGGCCCUCCCAGACGCAGACCCGCCCGGUCACGCUGCCCCGCAGGCUCCUGCGGCCGCACAGGGACACCGAGGGCCUGCUUUCUCCUCCGUAAGCCCCUCUCCAGAGGGGUGUACCCACCCCUGCAUGGCCCUCUCUCUGCAGGGGGUCCACCCCCCAGAGUCCAGAAAGCUGUGACCCAGGCCCCCCACCAGCCCCUCCAUGCCUCCUGCCCCCCCUUUUUAAACUGCGGAUAAUGUAAAUACCUCUCCAGGUAGCUGGUUUUUAUUUUUAACUUCUAUUUUUAUGGCCAGAUGGUGCCAUCUGGGUGGUUUUAUCAGUGCCCCACUCACGGGCACCCCUUUUCCAGAAUGCCCAGAUCUGCCCCCUCUGCCUCUCCGGGAAGCAUCUCUGCUCCCUGGCCCAGAAGGGCAAAGGCUGGCGGUGGCUUUCCCCCUGGCGGGGGCCACGGAAACCUGCACUUCCGCAGCCAGCCAGCAGGAGGCGCCCCGCCCCCCCCCACCCCUCCCGCAGGCCCGCCUGCGCCCAGCAGCUGUGGUGGGACCUGCCUAUGGAUGCGACGUUCGCUGUACUUCCUUAUAGCUUCAGGGAGCCGUGUAGAAACCCAGGAACCAGAGAGGUUUUUGAUUGGAGAGCCAGUAGGACCACCCAGGAGUGAGCCCCUCAUUUUGAAGAUAAACCAAGGCCCAGAGAGGGGGUGACUUUCCCAAGGUCACACAGCGAGAGAGCAGCAGAGGUGCCCCAGGAACCAGCCCUCUGCGCCCCGUGCAGUGCGAUUCCACUCACACACGGACGCCUAGAAUCAGGGACGUUAGCCUCAGGCUACACAUACGAAUAUAGAGGGGGGAGUCUCACCUUUUGCCUUGAAACCAGAAGUCUCCCCCUCCCCCUGCCCACCCCAGGCGGGCCUCCCAGGCGGCCUGGCCUUUCCUGGAGGUGGGGGACACCGGAGGCCAGGCCGGGAACUGCUGGCCUGAACGAAGCCUGCGGGACAUUAACCCGUCUUUCCUGUUGGGGGAGCGGAGGCCCAAGGGUGAGGCCUCGCACACAGAACAGCUCCCCAGCACUUGGGAGUGGGAGGUCCCUCAAGUCCAGGGUCCCCGUGUCACAAAUGGGGACUUGGACCACAGGGAGGAAGGAGUCACUGGGCCAGGCAGUGGAAGUGUCCCUUUCCCCACCACUCCGGCCCACCAGCUAGGGCUCCUGGGUGCCCCCUCCAGAGGUCACCCUGCAAGUUGUCCUCAAGACCCUCCUUGGGGACAAGCUGGGCCCAGGGACCAGUGCGUGGAGCUGGCAAGGAUGGUGUGGGAAAGGCCUGGGUUCCCCGGACCUUUGCCAUGAGCCCCCCUUCCCCACCCAGCCCUCGUGCAGCCUCCAGAGACCCUAGGGGAGCCCUGCUCCGUCUCCCCCACCUGCCUGUCCCGUGAGUGUCAGACACAAUCCAGGCCCAAGCUCAAGUCAGCAUGGAGUCCUCCCCCCAACUCACCAGUGCCUGCGUAGCCACCCUUUCACCUUUGACCACUCGACUUCAUUCUCUGCUGUUUGGGUAGGGUUCCCCCUAGUUAUUUGAGUUUUUCUUCUAUUUGGUGUCAUUAUUUCUAUUAAGAAUAUUUUGGGUGUGUGGACCCAAGAACCUGGGAAUAAGGUGGCAUCUGAUGUACCCCUAUACUUUUCCAUCCCCAUAAUCAUAUAGCUUGACACGUAGGUCCAUGGGUUUAUCUGGUUAUACAUUGGAGAUUCUAUAUAUUUGAUGUACAGGCACAUAUAGGCCCCUGGGAGUGAACGCAACCGGCUCCGGGCAACUGAGGUUACAUGCGACCCGGUGAUGCCAUACUUGGUAUAUGCACAUAACAAAAUGUGACAAAUUCUAUCUUAUUUUUCCUUUUUAAAAAUCAAUAAAUCAUUUGUGAUGCUUUUAACAAAAAUUAAAUGAAUACGAUCAGU